CCCACUCUGUCAAACAUGAUGACUCUACAUCACAAACUCGCUGCCUUACUCAUACUCCUGUGUCUGCUCUGUGCCCUCCAGGUGCAGACAGCCCCUCUGCCGGAUGACUGGGGCAUGGACCUCAUCUACCGGGCCAAGCGCUCUCUGUUAUGGCGCUGGAACACCCUGCGGCCUGUGGGCGCCAGCUGCCGGGACCACUCCGAAUGCGGGACCAAGUACUGCAGGGCUCAAGUUUGCUCAUUCCGAGUUUUUGCAGCUUAAACGAAGGACCUUAGCCCAUUCUGGUAGCUUCACCGCCUCAAGGAUCUAAAUCUUUUUUUUUUUUUUUUUGAAUCUCAACAUACCAGAGAAGGGACACUUUACCUAAUUUAUCAAAGAUUUAGCUCAAAGUGUAAGAGCACUUUUAGCUGUUUUCCAGCUGUUCAUCAAUGGUAUAAAUCUACUAAGGACAAUGUCUUUGAUAAAAAACUGAAUUAUGCACUUGGACGUCCACCCAAACCCAUUCACCGUUCUGACUACCACACUUAUUUUCUUGAUGUGAACUGGGGAAGUCACACGAGGCACACACCGUACAAAUA